UUUGGCAUUCCAUAAGCACGCUUCGUUUUUGCAGCAUGGCGUCCAGCGGUGAGGAUUUAAGUGGUGCUUUACAGAAGUUUGAAAGAGCUACGAAGAAUCCCGAGAAAUACAUUAGUUCUCAACCAACCCAUGAAAAUGCCCUGACAUCAUGCACCCAGACUUUGUUUGGAUUAGCAGCGUGUCAUGCAGAGGCAAAUCUCAAGUCCUCAAACCCACUAUUGGAGCUCAUUACUGAAGGAUUCGAUGAGGAACAGAUAUGGCAGGAAUUGGAGUUGCAGAAUAAGCCUGGUGUGGGCAGCCUCGUAAAACAUGUCGCUAAAGCAAUUGCCGUGCGCAAUAGACUCCGUCUUCAAAUCCCCAAUGAACAAGAUAUUGAGGGAGACAGCGAUGGAGAUGAAGAUGAAGAGGAAAGUCGUGACAGUGAUGAUGAGCAAGACAUCGAAGAGGAGGAUGAAGAAGAAGAAGACGAAGAUGAGAUGAUGGAUAGUGAGGAUGACGAAGACCUUAGCCUAUCAAGAACAAAGAAAUCAAAGAAAGCUAACAAAGACUCUGAUGAAAGUGGUGAAUCUGAUACAAAUUUUGACAUUGAUGAGUUGCACUCAAGAACUAAACCGAAAAAGAAGGCGCCAAAGGCAAAUCACCCGAUCGAGAACAAGAGUGAGAGGAGUAAGUCAUCAGUCGUUGAUGACCGGUUUUUCAGACUGGAUGAUAUGGAGAAGUUUUUAGAGAUGGAAGAUGCCAAGGAGGCGAAGAGAGUGAGACGGAUGGAAAGAGGAGAUGGAAGUGAUAAUGAUGACAAUGAGGAUGAUGAUGAGGAGGAUGACGAUGAGGAUCCUGUUGACUUCUUUGAAGAUGCUUCAUCAGAUGAUGAGGGAUUCGAUGAUGAGGAUGAUGAUGAUGAUGAAGAGAAACAGGAUAAUAAGAGCACAAGAGACAUGAUGUAUGGAGACUUCUUUGCUGCGCCAGGAGCAGAGAUGGCGACAAAGUCCUCAAAGAAGAAAGUGCACUUCGAAGGAGGAGAGGAAGAAGAAGAGAUGGAAGAAGAUGGGAAUGAAAAAGACUUUGAAGAAGAGAGUUUUGAAGAGGCAGACUUUGAAGAUGCGGACGAUGACCUGCUGGCUGACCUGCGGAAGGCAUCCGGAACCAAGAACAAGGAUGACCUUCUCCUGAGUGGCAGCGAGAGCGAAGGGGAGGACAUCUCUGACAUCCUCGGCGGUGGUCAGAGGAAGAAGGGAGAGGACAAAUCCACUUAUGAGAAGCGCCAGGAAAAGCUUCAUAACAAGAUCAAUGACCUUGAGCAGUCUAACGUGGCGACAAAACCUUGGCAGCUCAUUGGAGAGGUCGCUGGGCUCAAACGACCAGAGAACAGUCUUCUUGAAGAGAACCUGGAGUUUGAUGUCAGAACAAGACCAGCUCCUGUCAUCACCGAGGAGACCACCAAGGACUUGGAGUCCCUGAUCAAGCAACGGAUCCUAGACCAGGCCUGGGAUGAUGUCCAGCGCAAGGCCAAGCCUAAGGAAGAGGCCAAAGAGUUCAAGAAGAGGGUGACCUUAGACCAGGAGAAGAGCAAGAUGAGUCUAGGGGAGAUCUACGAGCAGGAAUACAUCAAACAGACUCAGCAAGAAGCCGACGAAGAGAAGGAGGAUCCACUGCACAAAGAGAUCAAGGAUUCCAUGGACACACUCUUCAUCAAACUAGAUGCCCUCUCCAACUUCCACUUCACCCCCAAGCCGAUCGGUCCUGAGGUCAGGAUCGUCUCCAACACGCCGGCCAUCUCAAUGGAGGAGGUUGCGCCCAUCAGCGUCGCCGAUUCAUCCCUCCUGGCUCCGGAGGAGAUCAAGGAGAAGGAGAAGGGUGAGUUGAAGGGUGAGACGGAGAGGACCUCGGAGGACCGUAACAGGGACCUGCGUAAGAAGAAGACGAAGCAGCGCGCCAAGGCCAAGGACAAGGAGAGAAAGGAGAAGUUGGUCGACAAGUUAAAUCCAGGCCUGGGUAACAAGUACAGCAAGAAGGCGGCGCUGGCAAGGCUGGAAAAGAACAGCAAGGCUCCAUCUAGCACCACUACCAUUGUCAAGGACAUGGAGAAUUCCAAAGGAAACUUCAAAUCUUCCAAGGCCUUCUUCAGCAAGCUUCAAGAGGAAGUGGUAGCAGAAGUCCAUGGAUUCAAGUCCAAGAAAAAGAAAAAAAAAGUUAUGACCGGAACACAACUCAAACUGUAAACUGCAUUUGCGCAUUUCGGACACUCUAAUAUCAUAGAGAGUAGAUUUCGCCAAUAUGAAGGAGACCAAAUUUAGUGGCUAAAUGGAAAAAGGAAUAUUUAUACAAUCAAUGACAUUUUGACAAAAUGAAAGGGAUCCAAGAUUGAAACUUUGAUGAAAAUGCUUUGGAUUUCUUUUGAAAAUGUAUUGAUGUGGAACAUGAUGAGAAUUUUUGAAGAAAUCGCUAUCUAUGUAACUAAGUAUGAUAUAAUGUUUGUGUGAUUGAUAAAUGUAUGAAAGAGUGAUGAAUGAGAAAGAGAAAGAGAAAAAGGAAAAAGUGGGAUACUGAGAGAAAAAAGGGGAAAGGAGAGGGGGGGGGGGGGGGUGUCAUACCAGUAAAUCUCACAAUUGCACAUAAAUCAAAAGCAAAGAUGAUGUCUUCAUUAAAGGCUACUGACUUUAGCUAAUGUUUGAAUUUGUAUGAAACUUAAUUUUCUUCAGCAAAUAUUAUCUUUGAAAACAUGCACAUAAUCCUAAAAACAUGUAGAAUUAUGAAAUUAAAAAUUCAUAUUAUCAUAUUCAUAAAAAAUA